CAGUAACAGCAGCCAACUUUUAUUCUCUAUUAUUUCCUUGUCGUAUUCAAAAACGCAAUAGUCUAUGGAGUAGAACAGCCGACUGCGGAUCGCCGAGACCUCGCGGAGCAUUUUUAUUUCUCAAACAUCAUCAUAAUUUUAACAAAAACAAUAGACCAAAAACGUUUUCAAACCAAAUUUGCUGACCAGAUGCAAAUAACAAUAGAACUUCAUGCCAACUUAACCAUAAUUCAGUUUGAAAAGCAAUAGAACGGACACAGUUAAAACAAUUUAUUUACUUACAUAAAUAUUUAUAAAACACCAAUCUCAACCUGAGUAAACCACAAAAUUAAAAGAUAACUAAAUUCAAAAACAACAAUCCUAAAAUUCUUCGAUAAUCGUCACUUUAACCAAAUGAAACCAACAAACAAAUAUGUGAACAUGACUUGUUUAGUAAUUAUUAAAGUAUUGCAAAAUUGGAAUCAAAAGUACAAAGCUAAAGUAUAUAAGCGAAACGAAACGAACACAUAAUUUUGAUAACGAAAUAAACUGAAAAAACCGAUUCACACAACAAGGGUAUAGAAAAAAUAAAAUUAUUGUGUUUAUAUCUAUCAAUCAGACUGCGAGCCUGCUAAGAACUAAUAAAAAAAAAUAAAUUUAAUGUGAAAAUUACUGCAACAGAAGUUUAACAAAUUUAAAGAGCAAAACAUAAAUGAACCACCCAACAACUAACGUAAAGUCAACCCAUUUUUAUAUACCUACCCAAGCAAAUAAGAAAACCCAUAAUAUCCAUAAUAUCCAUAAGGCCGUUUAUAAUUUACUUUUAUUUUAAUUUUUAUUCUGUAUUCGUUUUGAUAAGAACCAUCCAUUCUCCAGAUCUCUUAUAGAUAUCAGAGUAGAACAAAGUUGCAGGCGAUCAUUGAACUAGGCAAAACAAACUUAGCUUUAGAAAAAUGAAUUAAGAUUUGAUUAAAAGGUCUCCCAAUCGCAAGAUAAUUAUUGUGCGAAGCCCAACGAUCAGCAUCAAAAUACUUUCAUUGUAUGCUUAUCGGAAACACACUGACACCGGAACAGACAGUUUAGAAUACCACAUACCAUAUAGCUAGUAUUUACUCACAUACGAACAUAUACAAACACACGCAUUCCUAGCAGACAGCAAAGUCAAAUAUAGUUAUACACAAACAUAACAUUAAAAUUAUUGGUGUAGUUUCCUAAGGUUCAAUAAAUAUAUAAAAUUAUUAUACUUAAAAUAGUCGAUAAUAUAUAUUGUGUAAUAUUUUCUAGCAGGCUAUCAUUAUAAUUAUUAUGACUAUAGUACUAGACACUUACCGAUAUGGAAAAUGGCGCAGUUGGUAAAGAUACAUUUACUUAAAGCUCUGGAUAUCCAUUGAUCUAAGAAGCAACCACUCAAGAGUAGGUGUUAAGUAGAAUAAGAAAGAAUUAUAUUUAUAAUUUUAUCGAAUCCUAUUUUAUGACAUUCAUUUCAAAACUAUUUAUUUCGGUUAAUACAUAUUGAAAUAUAAACAAUAUAUGAUAUAACAUUCAAUUAAAUUAGUAAAUUAGUAAAAGUCUCCAGCCUCAACUACAAGUGGAAGUGUAAUACUACCUAUAUUCAUAUAUAAAUUUUAAUCAAAUUUAUGAGAAGGAACGAUCAAGAGACAAAGACGAAAAUAAAAAACUUUUGGUGAUAUUCUUGGCCUAAACCCUAACCAAAAGAAUAAUCAAAUUGUGAUGAUAAACAUACUAAAACAACCAAAAAACAAAUAAAAAGAAGCAAAAAUAAACACGAAAAAUAAAGCGAAUGGCAGAAAACGAAAAUUAUGUUAAGAUAAUAGUUUCGCAAGUUUGAAAAAUCUUGAUAAAUUAGUUCAUGAAACAAUAAAAUAAAAACAAUAAAAGAAAAUAUCGAAUUACGAUAUCUCAAAACUGCAACGUGUGCCUUAUUCCGGCCUUAAGUUCAAAUUAGUUUCAAUAAUGCAUAAUAAUAUAUAAACUGUAAUCAUACAAAUAGGAUAUUAUAAAUAAAGGUGGUAACAUAAAAUCUACGAAGUUAACGGAGUCUAUUUCGUUUUCAAUCAUUCGAAAGGACAGUUGCUUAAUGCAAUGAAUCAUAACACGGAGUAGGAAUGCUUACAAUUGUAUGUUGUUUGGAACAGAUCCAUCACCCUGGGUCCGAAGGAAUUGCUACUGCGAUCGGAAGCAAAGGUCGACGAGUGGCUGCUGUUGCAGUUCACCAGCGACCAGCAGUACAUAGGCAAAGCCUACCAGCUUCAAGAGCCGCACCACCGACCUCAAACGUAAGCGCAACCGGAUGCGAAGCUGAAAGCUUCAGAGCUUCAGCUGAUCCCACAAAACAAGAUUCCAUUACAUAUUUUAAGAAUGGAUUCGGCUGACUUUUGGCAGCAGGCCCGAGCGCCCUUUGCACUUCACACUGCUGCGACGGCAUUGCACCAGCACCAGCACCAACAUACGCAACAGCACCCGCAGCCUUUGUCCAGCCAGCAGGAGCAGCAUGCCAACCCUACAAAUAACAACAACCACCUGCCAUUAAAUAGCAAAUUGGAGCCAAACCAGGUGCAGCAGCAAGAGCAUCCGCAGCAUCAACAGACACAUCAGCAGCUACAGCAGCAACAGCCCCAGCAGAGCAUUGAAACUCAGCUCCUGCAGCAACAUGUCGAACAGUGUUAUAGCCACGAAUCAUUUGAAGGGCAGCAGUCGGUGGCGACGGCACCAACGUCGACGCAGCUCAGCAACCAUCAUUUGUUAUUUAACGCAGCCGCCGCGGCGGCUGCUGCAGCGCACCUCAAAUCAACGGCAUUAAAUAACCAUGCUCAAAAUAAUAUCACUAGCAGCAAUGCUAAUUCGUCAGAUCAGUUGGACAAUCCACUGCCGCUUCCUAUUCCCCCGCUAAGCAACCACAAUCUCAACAGCAGUGGUCAUCUUGCAGUUAAAACCAAGCAAGAGCAUGACCAACAGCAGCCGCAGCCCUCCGAGGAUCCCCGCCCGCAGCCAUCCGACCAGACAUACAGCUCUAACUUUUACGCCGGUCCUUCCGAGCAGCGUUCACAACUUCACCAACAGCAUCAGCAGCAGCCACACCAGCCACGCAGCCCACUUCUCACUAAAACGAUAUCCCAAGGUCAACAAUCGCCGCAACACUCGAUAACUCCGUCUGGCGGUAGUUCAACACCCGAUAUAAAGUACAAUAACGAAAAGUUGGCUAACGAAAUCCAGCUUCAGCUCUCCAGGUCCAGUAGCGCAGCAGCGAUCAGUGAACGUACCCUUGAAGAAUGUUGGUCAACCCUGCAACGAGUGAGUUGGCAUCUCUUCCGUUGUCUUUUCAUGCACAAGAGCGCCAUGCAGCAAAUCCAACAACAGAUUCCUCGUGUCGGACUAGGGGCGCACGGCGUACCCGGGACGGCUAGCAUGGGCAGCGGUACAACGCCUGGCGCAGAAACAAAGCCACACCAGUGCCAGCAGUGCAUGAAGAGCUUCUCCAGCAACCAUCAACUUGUACAGCACAUACGCGUCCACACUGGCGAGAAGCCCUAUAAAUGCUCCUACUGUGAUCGUAGAUUUAAGCAGCUAUCCCACGUACAGCAGCACACGCGGUUGCACACCGGAGAACGACCGUACAAAUGUCACUUGCCGGACUGCGGUCGAGCUUUCAUACAACUCUCCAACCUACAGCAGCACUUACGAAACCACGAUGCCCAGGUGGAGCGAGCCAAGAAUCGGCCCUUUCAUUGUAAUAUUUGCGGCAAGGGUUUUGCAACAGAGUCCAGUCUGCGCACGCACACAUCCAAGGAGCUACAGCUGCAUCUUGGUGUCUUGCAGCAGCAUGCGGCACUUAUUGGUGGGCCCAAUGCAACAUCAUGUCCGGUAUGCCACAAGCUCUUCCUUGGCACCGAGGCGCUUUUGGACCACAUGAAGCAUGUGCACAAAGAAAAGUCGCCGACGCAUAGCGAACCACCUGCUCAAUUUGGUGAUAGUAUCCAAAGUGGCAGCGGCAACGGUGGUGCUGGGCCCGGUUCGCUAGCAGCGCAAUGCACGUCCGAAUUAAGCUGCGCCCAACCAUCGACAACCAGCGGAUCCAGCCUGAAUGACAGCUACCUCGGCAAACGAAGAACUGCGAACCACCCUUGCCCCGUAUGCGGCAAGCACUACGUCAAUGAGGGAUCCUUACGCAAGCACUUGGCUUGUCAUGCCGAAACCUCCCAGCUGACAAGCAGUUUGCGCAUGUGGCCAUGUUCCGUCUGUCAGGCAGUCUUCACGCACGAAAACGGUCUUCUUACCCACAUGGACCACAUGCGCAUGGAUCCAAAACAUCAGUUUGCGGCGCAAUACGUUCUGUCUCGAGCGGCGGCAGAGCAGCGCGAACGCGAAUCCCUAUUAGCAGCGACAUUGGCUGCUUCUUCAACGAGUAGCGGGGUCAGAGAGACUGCAAAUAUGCUACCGUUGGGAGUUACCCCUGGCGGCUCUAGCCCAUUGUGUCCCUCGCCAUCAGCGAACUCGGAGUGUUCGUCGAAUGGACGCCUCUCCUCUUCAUCCGCAUCGGAUCAGGAACAGGAUCAGGGAUUGAGUGAAAAUGAGAAUAGCAGCCACAACAAUAAUAAUAGCAGCGCUAACAACAAUAAUAAUAUCAAUAACAAUAAUAAUAACAACUGCAAUUCAAGCAAAAUCAAUAUGAACGAGUUGAGACUGCCCAGUUCCAGCCAGUACAGUAUGGAUGCCGAGCUGCACGCCAACAGAAUGUCCCUAAUGGCAGCUGCAUCAGCCGCCGCUGCGGCAGUGGCCGCCUCAGCUGGCUCAAGGUCACAUGAUGGCACCAUAGACGCAGCUACUACCGGACCGGGCAGCGCGGUAGUCCAGGCGGCCGUUGUCAACCUGGCUGCCGCAAUGCGCAUGAACAAUCCGGCAAAUCACCAACAACAGCCUGGCGAACACCAGCUGCACCAGCAAAACCAUCAGCAACAGGCGCAGCAUCAGCACCAACAUCCUCACCAUCAACAACAGCUGCCUCAUUUGCCAUUAUUGUCUCCCCUCGGCAGCCAACAGACACAUCCUAGCAAUAAUAACACUCGGCGAUCUCCGACUAUAAACGUUCCAAGCCUACAAAUGCAGGCAGACACAUCGUCCGUCAUGAUGAGCAUGAUGCGCAGCUCUUUGGAUUCUGGUUUGGGGGGCAUGCAUCAAAUGGAAGCGCUUCAUCAUCAACACCACCAAGCGUCCAAUUACUCACAGCACGCAGUGACACCUAGUUCGCAGCAGGCGUCGUCACAUCCUCAACAUACCCAUCCUGAAGCGGCACUGCGAAUGCAUCAACAAGCCGAGGCUAUAUUACGCUCCCAUACUGAGGCCGCUUUUCGUCUGGCUGCCUCAGUGGCCGCCACGAAUGGUAGUAACGCUAACUCAACGUCUACCAGCACUGGCACAAUAAAAAGCGAAUCCUCGGUACAUCAACAGCGGCAGAUCAAUGGCAGUGAACUGCACUCAUCGCCGCAUCGUUUCCAAUCAAACGCGAACCAACCGCACCCCCACCCGCAACCGCAAUCACUACAGGAGCAACAACCAAAUCCACACAACUCAUGAACUUUAAGCGAAUUUACACAGUACCAGAAGACACAUCGCUAUCCUCAACGGGAAGACCAGCAUUGAUUUUAGUGUGACGUAUUUCUUCCUGUGUCAGCAGCACCCAGUACCACGAACUCAACCUGGCUCUGUGUCGUUGUUGUCAUUUCGUACAGAGUCCACUAAUGACUCUCUGGGAGAUGAAUACAUCAAGAAGAGACUAAAAAUAGAAAAAUAUAAAUUUACUCAUCUAUUGGCAAAUAUGUACUUAUGUGCUUUAUCUGCAAGCCAGUAAAAAUGCACAUGUUUUGUAUAUACAUAGAACAUACAUGUACAAUAUAUUAUUGUAUGCAUUGUAUGCAAUACCAUAUAUUUUGAGUGAAAUCUAGACUAAAGUUCACAAAAUACUCAAGAGCUAAAUGUCGGUGUGAAAGACACACAUUCAGAUUUAGAAGACCGAACAAUUAUAUUUUAAUGAGUUCUAAUUCUGGAAGCUUAUACUGGGUACUGGACUAGAUUUCCCAAACCGGACUCAUACAGUACUUUCCAUAGGGAAAGUGUAUUUUAAAAUAACUUCUGGGUUUAUUGUUACUUAUCGAUUACUUUAAACAAGAUUGAUCUGCGCAAAAUAUAACUUUAGAAUGUAUAUAUAUAUACACUCUCUAUAUAUAUACUCUCUACCGAUAUAUAUAGAAGUUUAUAUAGCGUAUAGUUUAGGUAAGGAGGGUAUAUGUAUUUAGAAAGUUUUUUUUUAGUUAAAAAAAAGAAAGUUCAAUAAGAUUUCCAAAAGCUUUUACAAUUUUCAAUAAUUUCAGAAAUUCAAUGCAUUUAUUUAGUCAUCAAACUGUUUGUCCUGACUGACUGACUGAUUGUUGACCAACGCAGAGCCGAAACCGUAAGAGCUAGGAAGCUGAAAUUUUCACUGUAGUUACCUUAUGUGAUGAAGGCGCACGUUAAGACGGG